GACUACACUUUUCUGCUAUUUUUUUUAAUGUAUAAGGUGAUUUUUUUUUGUUAAUUUAGAAGUUAAAAAAAUUAUAAAUUUCUUGUGAUCUAAUGGCAACUGAAAAGAAGAAUAUGGGCUUUUCCGUCCUGCCCAGAAUCAUUAACGGCGGCAUUGCAGGCAUCAUUGGUGUGACAUGUGUCUUUCCGUUGGAUUUGGUGAAGACGCGACUGCAAAAUCAACAAAUCGGUCCCAAUGGUGAACGCAUGUACACUAGCAUGUUCGAUUGCUUCCGCAAGAUUUACGCGACGGAGGGUUACUUUGGCAUGUACCGCGGCUCAGCCGUAAACAUAUUAUUGAUCACCCCUGAGAAGGGAAUCAAACUGUCCGCUAACGAUUAUUUUCGUUAUCACCUGGCUACCCCGGAGGGAAAACUAACUCUGCUCAUGCAAUGUUUGGCCGGAGGCUUAGCUGGUGCAUUUCAAAUCAUUGUGACUACGCCCAUGGAGCUUUUAAAGAUUCAGUUGCAGGAUGCCGGUCGUGUGGGUGGGCAGGAUUUAAAAAAGGUGACUGCUUGGUCUAUUACCAAGCAGCUUGUGAAAGAUAAUGGCAUCUUCGGCUUAUACAAGGGCGUGCGGGCCACUGGCGCGCGAGACAUUACUUUCUCCGUCAUUUACUUUCCACUCUUUGCCUUUUUGAAUGACAGUGGACCCCGAAAACCAGGCACCUCUGGUGAAGCCGUCUUUUGGUGGUCCCUUAUCUCUGGGCUGCUAUCGGGCAUGACCGCUGCUUUCUCGGUCACACCCCUAGAUGUGAUAAAGACACGUUUGCAAGCCAUUAAAAAGGCGGACGGCGAGAAGGAAUUCGACGGCAUUUUCGACUGUAUCAACAAAACAUUGAAGUACGAAGGACCUAAGGCAUUCUUCAAGGGCGGGCUGUGUCGAAUGAUCGUAAUUGCUCCACUUUUUGGAAUAGCUCAGAUGGUCUACUUUAUGGGUAUAGGCGAGCGUAUUCUGGGCAUUGAACAAAAGAAGUCUGUCUGAGAAAUGCAUGUCAUUCAUCUCUUAUUUCAAUGCAAUGCAAAUUUUUGGUGGUUAGUAAGUUAGAAGGUGAAUGUUUUGGUAAUAGCAGGGUUUCAUCCUUGUAAUAUUUUAGCCUUAAUGAGUUAUGUAUACAAAUUCAGCUCUGACGCUGAAUAAAAGAGAUUAUCCUAAUUACUCAAUAUUAUUCACGUUUAAAUACCAGCCCCUUAUUCGAAAUAUAAGAUUUAAUAUACUGCUGCGUGGGGUCAAAAUGAAAAGGAGCACAUCAUGAAGUUGAUAAGUAAAUUUAAAUGAUGUAUCCCAAAACUGGAUAUUUAUAUAUCAGCCCGCGUCUCUUAUCACAAUAAAUUCAAAAC